AUAGAAACUAGAAUACUUAGAUUUGUCAAUUUGUCUGUCAACCUGCCAAUUGCCAAAGGUUUUCUCGUGCUCGUUCUUUAAUUUUAAAGUUGAAUUAAAAUACAAAUAAUUAAUAACAAAGUUAUUGUAACUUAAAAUCAUGCCAGAAGUAUCUCUUAAAGACACUAUUAUCACAUCGCUGAACGAUGCAGGGCGCCCUAAAUAAUUAUGAAGUGAUUGUUCAUGCUUACAACAUUGUGAUCUUUUUUUAGUAAAAAUGUUCAAUGAUUUCGAAUUUGCACAAGAACCAUGGCCAGACAAUGUGAAAUUGUUCCAACCUUAUGAGGUGGAGCAAAUCUUGCUCCCGGAUAAUGCUAGCUGUUUAGCAGUUCAAGCUUUCUUAAAGAUGUGUAAUCUACCGUUUGAAGUUGAAAUGCGGUGGAAUGCAGAGUUCAUGUCACCAUCUGGUCGUGUACCAUUCAUAAAGUGUGGAGCAUUCGUUGUGUCAGAGCUGGAGCCGAUUGUGCAGUUUGCUGCCAAUAAGGGUGUGACGCUAUGUUCUAAACUAUCAACUGAGGAGAGGGCUGAGAUGAGAGCUUAUAUGAGUCUCAUUACCAAUGUUCUGGUUAAUGCUGAGCUAUACAUAUCGUGGGUAGAUCAAGAAACAUUCAAUACGGUGACGCGCGUGCGCAACUCGUCGGUGUAUCCCUGGCCAUUGGGUUGGUUACAGACCAGGUCUAAGCGCUCUAGCGUUAUAAAACGAUUGAAAGCGUUACACUGGAACGAUAAAACAUUGGACCAAGUGUUGGCAGAUGUUGAACAGUGCUGCAACUCGCUGAGCCAACGUUUAGGUGACAGAGACUACUUCUUUGGAACACCAACCCCAUUGGACGCUCUAAUAUACGGGCACAUGAAGGCGUUACUGUCAGCCACUGGUCCGAAAGCGGCUCUCAUGAUUAAACCAAUCACGAAUGCGCUGUUGAGACAUUUCCUGAGGAUGUCUAAUAUUACGCAAAUGAAAUUGACGCCCCAGGAAGAGUAUCUUGUGACCCAGGGAUGCCAGUUAUGUGUGAGACGUCGUGUAUCUCCAGUACGCAGUCUGUCGAGGGUGAAACGUUCUAAGAUGUGCAUUAGAAAGUCGAGCCGGGAUAACUUGGGAUGUAAUAAGGAUGUCUUUGGUUUUAAACCAUUCGCGUCAAAACAAAUAAUAAUAAUGACGUCAAACGAAGGAAAAUUAACAUGCGAAUAUAGUACAAAACGGAACGUAGUAUUGAACGAAGCGAAUAAAUUUGUUAUCGAUAUCGUAGAUGAACUUAUCGAUAAAGUCGAUGAAAUAACAGAGAAUAAAUACAAAGAAAUCGAAAAGAAUGAUUUCGAAGUUAUAGCAUAUCCGAAUGAAAAUUUCGAUAUAGAAAGGAAAGUCAACGAAUUGGAUACCAUCGAUGAAACUGGGACCGACGUCACAGUUUCUGAUUUAGAGGAGGAGGAGAUAAAAGUUAUCGAUAGCGUCGUCGAUAGUGACGUAAUAUUGGAUACGGAAACUCUUGUUGAUUCCGAAGUUGUUAUUGAUUCAGAUAUGAGAAGGAGUUCCGAAAAUUUCAUGGAUUCUAGCAAUGAUUACAUGCGGGAAGUAAAUAAUUAUACAACUCAAUCUUCAAGCGGUUCUAAUGCAAGGAUGUCUGGUGGAGUAGCAAGAGAUCCGAUUAUGACUGUAAAAGUGCCGAGUAACAAUCGCAUAAGUAUUGAAAGCCUUUUGAAAUUCAUGAGUAGACAAAGCCCAGUUUAUAAUCCUUAUCAUGAAGAUGUACAACUUGAUUAAUAUUCUACAUGGCAACAUUUGGUAUUUUAUUUUUCAUC